AUGAGUCCCGGGGUAACUCGGCUAAGGAGUCCUGGGGUAACUCAGCUUAGGAGUUCAGGGGUAACUCAGCCAAGGACUCCAGGGGUAACUCAGCCAAGGAGUCCCGGGGUAACUCAGCCAAGGAGUUCCGGGGUAGCUCAGCUAAGGAGUUCAGGGGGAACUCCACCAAGGAGUCCAGGUGGAACUCAGCCAAGAAGUCCAGGGGGUAACUCGGCCAAGGAGUCCAGGGGUAACUCAGCCAAGGAGUUCAGGGGUAACUCAGCAAAGGAGUCCCGGGGUAACUCAUCCAAUGAGUCCAGGGGUAACUCAGCCAGUUUCUUAAACCUUGACCCAACCUCGGCUUUUACAGCGUGA